AUGGCGCCACUCGAGUCAGUUGCGGACCUUUACGCAGCCCCCAUGCGUCAACAGGACAGCAUUGGGAUGCUGAGGGCCGCGCUGUGUAUGGCAUUCUCAGACACUCUCGGAAGAGAGCGGCCUCGUGUGAAAGUGUACGUGAGUAGAGCCACCUUUGAUAGAGAGGAGGCGCUUCAAGAUGGGGACAAGGUGGCGACACACGGAAGCGACAAAAAUGACCCUCUGAUCGUGAAAGCUCCCGGCUCUGAGCCAGGACUCCCGGGUAUGAUUCGCUUGAGCGAUCAUGGCAAGUUUAAGCAGGAGUGCGACUUGACGGAGUGGAAACGUGGCUCCGUGCGCAAGAUCCCGUUGAUCUGGGAGUUUAUGAAAGAUUUGGGUGGGUGUACGAGCAAUGGGACCGUCUUCUGGCGACUGGAGGACAGAAUGUUGGUGUCGCUUUUGGUGAAGGGUUGGUUCCAGGAGUCCCAGCUAGGCGACUUUGCAGCCUUGAAGGAGAAGAGGGUCAUUGUGCUGGGAUCCCCGGGCGUGGGGAAGUCGGUGAUUACGUGCAUCAUGGCUUUCUACCUCGCUUUGGUGCGCCAAGAGUAG